AUGUUGGCUUGGAGGGGAGGCUCCCGAAGAAAGAUCAAAGAAACGAAGCAAUCUGUUCAAGGCAAGCAAAGACACUUCUUUGAACAGCGCAGACUGCUCAAUAGGUCGGAUGCUUCUGGUUCUGUCAGAAGGGCAGAAGACGCUGCUGCAUCCUUCCCAGCAAAGCAGAGGAAAGGUGGGAGCCUGGACAUCAUAAGUCUGACGUCUCUAUUAAUUGUAUCAAAGGCGAGCAAGAAUGGCGACACGGUAGACGGGCAGCCUGUAGGAGCAGAAGCGUCCGGUCUUGGUGACAGCACUUUGAGACUGGGAACAAGAAGCAAGGAAUGGUCAACCCCGGGUGGUCAAGCGUCCAAGGUUCAGCCUCUAGAAAAGCCUCUGGAAGAGAAGGAAGGAUCUCUUCAGAAGGAUUACCACGGCUUAUUGAGAGGAUUUGAUAUCUUCGAUGUUAUCGACGAGCAGGAGGACAGAGGUGGUGCCCGGAAUUCGGCACGGCAAGAGAGUUAUGCAGCUUUUGCUGUUCAAGGAACAGGAGAGAUAGCCGAAGGCUCUCCGCCGUCUACGCCGCCCGCAAAUCUGAGACAAAGCCCUAAUAACAAAGACGAUCUUGGACGGGUGAUCUGGGACUCGCCCCUGGUGCUCGAUCAGAGGUUGACUGGCAAAACGGGGUCGCAUUUUGCAGCGAAAGGGCUCGACAUUCCAGACUUCCUUCCGUCUCGAAGAGCAGAAUCCAACCGGUUCCAGGAAUUCCUGCAAGGAGUCCCGUCAAAGCCUGAAUCGACAGAGUUUUACCCUGCUUUGCGAGAACAAGAUUCUCAAGAUAGCCCAAGCAAAGAAUUCUCCGGCAGCGAAGUGUUGAGAGGGCUCGCAACUGAGUCUCUGGAAGAAGAGGAAGGACACCCGUUUGGGGAGACCAAUCUUGAAGAUGUCCUCCAUCGUCAAUCUUCCGAGCGGUUCUCACCUGCAAGGGUUGCCGAAGAAAGGUAUGCAGAUGGCUUUCUUCCCCUCACGAGUCCCUUUGGUCCGCAAGAACGUCGGCUGGACGAAUUCUUCUCAGCACAGACAGUUCCUGCAGCUGGCGAUGAGGUCGAUCAAAGCCCGCCAUCAGCCCCUCCUGCCCAGGACAAGAAAGAUGCCGACGUCGCCAAGCUCGACCUUGGCGUCAGUCUGGAGGUCGACCUAGCUGCAGAUUUCAAUGCUGAGAGGACGGCAGGACCAGAGGCGGGCUUUGAGCCCUUGUUUCCUUCAAUUUCGUCGCCAAUUACUAGGACUGUCGACACUCCGGGUGCAAGGCAGCAAGAGAUCGACUUUUUCCAUGUGGGGCCUGCCAGUGAGCUUGCGUUCAUGGAGCAAGGCACGAAAGAAGGUGGUGUUCUAUCGCACCAAGAUUGUGACCUCUUUCCGAAGCCUUCUUCGGGACUCGGAAAACGCCUAUUUGCUGAUCUCGACAUCGACCUGGAGGAGAGUGCUCCAGCUCUUGACUCUGACACCAAGCGUCAUGACUUCAGACGUGCCAGCCCAAAGAUGAAGCUAGAUUUUCUCGACACUGUAGGCUGCGAGAAAGUUGCUGAGGGUGAAGAAAAUGUCGGCUGGAGAGAAGCUGAAGCCCAACCUGAGACUUCCCCGGUGGGCAAGCAGUCAGGUCUGAAACGGCUGAACAUACCCAGAAGUAACUUUGCAGCAUUUGAAGAGCAGGAGGUAACCGAGCUACAGCAAGGUGAUGAGAUUGCAAGAGGAAGCUCUUUAGAAAGGAGGGGCAGUUGCUCCGCUUCUCCAGCCAGAUCGCCAAUAAAUGGCAAAGAGGAGCUCCAAACCAUUCCGCAGGUAGAGGCACCGAGCCUGCAAUAUAGGGAACCUCCAAACGCCUUUUUCUCCGACUUCCCAGCGCGGCACGAAACCGAAGGCAGCGAGCAUCUCUUGUUUGGUGAUAGCGAGCAGAAGCUCAGAAGCACGGAUGAGAUUCUGAAGCGCUUGGUACCCAAACGCGUGCUGGAGGAGGGAGAGGAUGUGCCGCCAAAGCGACCUCGAAGAACUCUCAAAGAGGCAACGUUCUGUCUUGACUUGAAUGCAGCUUUCACUUGCGAAACCUCUUUCUUCGAGACCGAGGACUUUGGAGGCAAGAAGGGGCCGGCAGCCUCUUUGAGCAGUGAACCUGCAGAGUCCGCCGCUGCGGCUCAACACGAUGCGGCGAAAGUUCCGCUCCCGCGAGGGACAGGCGCUGAUGGCGGCCCCAAAGGAAGCGGCGGCGAACGCUUCGAAGAUGCUCUGCCUGAUUGGGCUGGUGCGUGCGAAGAGGCGGCGCCUCCUCAGGCGCCUCCUCAGCACGAGCAUGUCGAGCAGUCCGUCGAAAUAGAGUCAGGAGCACAACGGCCGAAGCGCCCGCCCUCUGCACCGUCAGCCGCAUCGAGCUCUCAGGGACAAGAUUUAGACGAAGCAAGCUUGCAGGAGAAACCCCCAAAGGAAAGAGAGAAGCUUCUCUGCAGCGUCCCGACUCAACCGGAGGCUGCCGACGAGACGAACUUGGCAAAAGCGAAGGCGGUUCGCGCGGACAUGGAGAAAGACCAGACGGCAGAGAUGGCAGAGGCGGCCGCGGUGAUUGCAGAGGAGGAUGGAAGCGGGGGCAAAAGUGACAGGAGCGCUGCUAAGAGCAUAAGUGUACUCAAAACGGGGACGAAGAAGCUUGGUCUGCCCUCGAGGAGCCCUCCAUUCGACGGCAAGCCGAGUCAGGCGGAAGCGUCUCCUGUAAGAACGACCGCAGAAGGUCCUCUCGGAAACCAGGAGAAGAAACAGGAGGAUCGAGCGCCCUGCAAAGAGUGCUCGCCGGAGCCAGAGAGAGCGAUCGAGAGUGAGAGUGGAACGGGCAACAAAUAUGGAGAGGGGCGAGAAGGGAGAGAAGAAGUCGAGGAGGAAGGAUACGAAGAUAACGCGCAGGCGAGGGGGGAGGACGGGCCAGCGCAGAAAACGGAAGGGGCCAGAGGUGACCUCGGCGUGGAUCGUGGUCGGGGUUCGAGUCGAGCGUCAAUUGAAGCAGGGAGAGGAGCCGACGAACAGGAGUGCCGAGUUUGCAGUAGAGUGGGGAAGCAGUCAGCGGCCGAAGAAACGCCAAGGGAGCAGCUUCGAGAGCGGGGCGACACCUCUUCGAGGGAGGAAGAGGCUGCUGACAGUGGCGAGGACGUCACUGUGACGGCGGCGAAGGCGCUGUGUCUGCUCAAGAGUGAGAUGGUUGACGAGGAGGUCGUGCAGGGAGAGAACGGCUUUCCUUCCGGCGGAGGAAAUUUUGAGGAGGAUCUCGUCAACUUCGAGGAUGGGUCGAUCUUGCAGCAAGGAAUGGACGAUUGGAAAAUUAGACCCGAGCCUUGA